GCGCCUGCGCCGGAUACUGACACCACCAUGUGGGUGCGGCUGCUGCGCAGGCGCCAGGCAGGCAGACCGGAAGCGGAAGGCUAGGACGCGUCGGGUGGGCGCCUCUGUCACCAGUAGCCAUGCGCGGCUUGGAGGAACCAGGGCGUCGCCCCACAGCGACCCCGUGUGGUUGCGUGAAACCGGCUCUGGAGACAGGGAAUCUUUUAACUGAGCCAAUUGGCUACUUGGAAUCCUGUUUCUCAGCCAAGAAUGGUACUCCAAGGCAGCCAUCCAUUUGUCGCCAUUCAAGGGCUUGUUUGAGAAUUAGAAAGAGCAUCUUUAAUAAUCCUGAACAUUCCUUGAUGGGUUUAGAAGAGUUUUCUCAUGUUUGGAUUUUGUUUGUUUUUCACAAAAAUGGUCAUUUGAGUUGUAAGGCAAAAGUUCAGCCUCCUAGGCUGAAUGGUGCGAAGACUGGAGUUUUCUCCACAAGGAGCCCACAUCGUCCCAAUGCAAUAGGACUGACCCUGGCCAAGCUGGAAAAGGUAGAAGGUGGAGCUAUAUACCUUUCUGGAAUUGACAUGAUUCAUGGCACACCUGUACUGGACAUAAAGCCCUACAUUGCUGAUUAUGACUCACCACAAAAUUUGAUUGAGCCUUUAGGGGAGUGUAAUUUACAGAAUAACCAAUAUAAACCAAAAAUUGUGUCCCAGUCUGAUGCCAAGACUGACAGCUGUGCUCAGCAACAGCUCUCAGAGUGCGAGGAAUCACAGCCCUACAGUCGAACUAAGGAAAAGCCUAAAUGUUCCGAACACAGAGCUUCAGGAGAAAAUGACAUGCAACACAAAGACACAGCCAAAAUCCAACAACGCUCGCCUAAGCACAGGGAGAUAGCAGACGUGGGUUUAGAAUCCAGAAGUGGUCAGAGACUGAGUGUGGCAGAGGAGCAGAUUGGCCCAUGUCGCCUGGAGAAGAGCUUUUCAGAGGAGAGUGCAGAUGAGUGGCCACGGAGAAGGAAAGAAGCCGUGGUCCCACAAGGAGGCAGGGUGGAGGUGCAGCCUGUGCCUCCUCACUGCCCUCCCAGGAUGGCUGACGCAGCCCACCACAGUGUGGUUCCCGCCUGGGUGCGAGAGGCCCCUGCGGCCACCUUGGAAGUCCGGUUUACUCCUCACGCAGAGAUGGACCUUGAGCACCUCAGUUCAGAAGGUGAACCAGAUGUUGGUCAGGCUUCAUUUAAGUAUUUUCAGUCAGCAGAGGAAGCAAGGCAUGCCAUCGAGGCUGUGUUGUCAGCCGACCCCCGGUCUGCAUAUCGACGGAAGCUCUGCCAGGACCGCCUUUUCUACUUUACUGUAGACAUAGCACACGUUACUUGCUGGUUUGGUGAUGGCUUUGCAGAGGUCCUAAGGAUCAAGCCAGCUUCUGAGCCUGUUCAGAUGACUGACCCUGUGGAGUCAUUGGUGUCUCUGGGAUCGUGUUAACAUCAUAGAUAUUUUUACGCUUAAAAAUAUCGAAUUUCGUGCCAAAAAAAGAGAAUUCACGGGAAGUUUUAAAUCAUUACUUCAUUAUGAAGAAAAAGUUAUCAUAUACUUCAGGAAGCUUAUGGUGAACAUGCUCCAUCUCAAGAUACUUGUGAACACUGGUUUAAACACUUUAAAAGUGAUGAGUUCUAUGUGAAAGACAAAGAACAUCCAGGUCAACCGAAAAAGUUUGAAGACCAACAAAUACAAGCAUUAUUAGAUGAAGAUGCGUGUCAAACUCAAAAACAACUUGCAGAAAGAUUAAACAUUGCUCAGCAAACAAUUUCCGAUCGUUUACAAACAAUGGGAAAGAUAUUAAAGGAAGGAAAAUGGGUGCCACAUCAACUGAAUGAAAGACAAAUGGAAAACCGAAAAGGCAUCAGUAAAAUGUUGCUUCAACGACACAAAAGAAAGUAUUUUUUGCAUCGAAUUGUGACUGGCGAUGAAAAGUGGAUUUAUUUUGAGAAUACCAAAUGCACAAAAUCAUGGGUUGAUCCAGGUCAAUCAUCAACAUCGACUGCAAGGCCAAAUCGCUUCAGAAAGAAGACAAUGCUCUGUGUUUGGUGAGAUCAGGAAGGUGUGGUGUAUUAUGAGCUUCUAAAACCAGGUGAAACCGUUAAUACUGAUCGCUAUUGACAACAAAUAAUCAAUUUGAACCACCCUUCGAUCAUGAAAUGACCAGAAUGUGCCAGAAGACACGGCAAAGUAAUUUUGCUUCAUGAUGAUGCACCAUCACACACUUCAAAACCAGUUAAAGACAUGUUAAAAGGUCUUGCCUGGGAAGUAUUAACCUACCCGCUGUAUUCACCAGACCUUGCUCCUUCAGAUUACCACUUGUUCCGAAUGACGGCACACCCACUUUCUGAGCAGCACUUCAAAACGUAGGAAGAAGUGGAAAAUUGGGUCUCUGAAUGGUUUGCCUCAAAACAAGAAAAGUUCUAUUGGGACGGUAUCCACAAAUUACCUGAAAGAUGGGGGAAAUGUGUAGCUAGCAUUGGACAUUACUUUGAAUAAAGCA